AUGGAUGUCAGGCAAGUUGUCGAAGUGUGGAAGCUCACAGAAAUGUUGAAUCAGCUAUUCAGACACACACAGAGCAGAAAACUAUGGGAUUUUGUCAAAACCAGACAAGUAAAGAACACCUUCGGACAAAUCAUGACUAACCUGAGUUCAAGCCAUCCUACAAAAGCGCUGCAGGAAAUACUGGAGCAAGAUUCCGGAAGCAUUGAACAUGGCAAACAAAAACUCAUCGUAACAAGGAGUUGGCUUGUCCGGAUGCUUAAAACUUAUUUAAGUUACGUUCUACAAACACAAAAGUCGCGGUGGACAGUCACGGCUAGCAACGAAAUCUCCCCCGGUGACGGAACAAUCGAUGCGAACUCUUGA